AUGCAUCUUCCACAGGCUCCUCCCUAUACAGAUUCUCCUCCAGCCUAUUCUGAGCUUUAUCGCCAAGGGUAUGUUCACCCACCUGCUCAUAAUAUGGCAGCUCUUUCAGCCGCCUACCCUGGAAACUCCAUGUAUGUGCCAAUGCCUCAAACGAUGCCAGUAGCACCAAUGACUUCCUCCGUUCCCCUGGCUUACUACCCUAUUGGACCUGUGUAUCACCCUGGCUCUACAGUCAUUGUGGAUGGUGGGUUUGAUGCAGGUGCAAGGUUCAAUGCUGGUAGUAGUGCAUCUGUGCCACCACCACCACCUGGCUGUCCUCCAAAUGCAGCCCAACUGGCAGCCAUGCAAGGUGCCAAUGUUGUGGUUACACAAAGAAAAGGCAAUUACUUCAUGGGUGGCUCGGACGGAGGUUACACCAUGUGGUGA